UCGAGCCAAUCCAAAUGCAAAAGCACACGUCGAGCCAGAUUGGAGCUGGCAGGAUGUGUUAUUUUGUUCCCACUUGUGUUUCGUUUGCGUCGUGACGGCAAGCGCACCGAGCAUACCCACGCAUCACCGUCCGCAACAACCCCACGACACGACCGACGAAUAUGCCAGGUGCUUCCGUUCCGUGGCUGGCUGUGCCGUGCGGUGGGUGAUUGCAGUCGGCACCGUUUUUCUGCGUUUUCUCUCGACGCGAAGUGAUGAAGGCCGCUUGGACGACUCCCAUCUACGCUGCUGCAUGAUUGACUGACGAUCCAUCGGGCCCCGAAGUCGGCGCCAUGGGCCGGACAGGCUACACGUGCGUCCGCCGCACGCUCUGCUGUUACAACCUUCUCUUCUGGAUUCUUGGCUGCGGCGUGACGGGCGUGGGGGUGUGGCUGCAUGUGGCGUACGGUGGCUAUUCGACACUGCUGCCCACCCACCGAGUGCUCAGCGCGGACGGGCUAUGCCUCACAGCGGGUGCCAUCACCUUCCUCGUGGCCUUCCUUGGAUGCUGUGGCGCCUGGUUCCAAAGCCGGUGCAUGCUUGCCACGUACUUUGUGCUGGUGAUCCUCAUCUUUCUGCUUGAGUUUGCUGCUGGCACACUGGGCUUCAUCUACCGUCGACAUAUUGGCCAGUCACUGAUGGAAGAACUGAAGGUGGGCAUCGAACACAAAUAUGACCCAGACAGUGACAAUGGGCUUGCAGAGCUCUGGGACCAGAUCCACACAAAGUUCGAGUGUUGCGGUGUCCACAGCUAUCGCGACUGGCACCGCAUUUCAGCAUGGCCUAACGAAGAGUGGGUGCCCCAGUCAUGCUGCCUGGAAGAAUUUGUCAAUGGCACAGCCUGUGCCACUUCCAAGAACCCGCGUCUCAUUCAUGAGGGGGGCUGCUACCGCAAGCUGCACCUGUGGAUCAUGAAGCGGCUCUACAUUGUGGGCAUUGUGUGCAUGAGCUUUGCCUUCGUCCAGCUGUUUGGCCUCAUCUCAGCCAUGCUGCUGCUCUGCACAAGUGCCGAGAAGAAGAAAAAGAAAAAAUACAACUCGAGGUACAUCCAGUAUGCGGCGAUGGUCUGAACAGGCCGUAAGUUGGCUCUGUAGAGUCGGCCAUGGAGGCAACACCUUUGGGAAAUGAUGCCUCAAGCCACCUCGACUGUUUGUAUCAAGUGAAUGUAACAAUGCAUGCAAGGUGACAUCACUGUUGCUCAGCAGUCACUUCAAGCAGGGCAGUCCUGCAUUCAUGAUUGGUCAAUGGUGAUGAAUGCCUACUGUUGUGAAUGAAAGUGAUUUGGUAGCUGUGUGCUCAACCUACUGCUGCUGGAUUCUGAUGUCACAAGACACGAUCCAUUCAAGUUCCUGCGCUCCAUUCUCCAAACUGUGCGAGGCCUGUCUUCUGUCAACAGUGUGCUCUGUAGUGUGUGCGUGUGUGUAUAUGCGCACAUAAGACGUUUCAUGUGCACCCAUCACAGGGCAACCUGCAACGUUGUUUCUGGGUGUAUUUGUUGUUAAAAGGCUCACUGUCGCAUUUGUAACUUUUCAGGUGAGCUAUAGUUUUCAACUAGUUUUUUUUCACUGUGCACACAUGAAAGUGAGACAUCAUGAGCAGCUUAGUCUGUCUGUUCGUGGGAAGUUUUGCAGGACACAGGCUCAUGGAAGCUAUGCAAGUGGGCCAGCAUGGCGUGUUUUGUAAACAAGGGUUAAGAAUGCAUGCUAUUGGUGACUGGUGGGUUCUCGCAGGUAAGUGAGGCAUGUAAGCUUGCUGUUCUGUUUGGCCCUCGAAAUGUGAACGGUGCCUGUAUUGCUUUGCCCGUCACAUACAAUUCUUGCUAUCGCCACGUUGACCGCUGUGCCAAGUUGCACUUCUAUUUUUGCUUGUGUGUGUGAACAUUUGUUUGUAGUGGUGUUGGAUUCACAAAUGCAUUGACAGAAUUGCCAUUUAUUUUUUUUACAUCUAUUGGCUCUUUUUUUCAUCAAGCACAUUUAAAGUGAAGUUUUAUUCAAUCUUCAAAUAUUUUUAUUUGAUGUAAUUAUUAUAAGCGUGUAUUUGAGAUAUUUUGAUUUUGGCUGAGAAAUCUUGCAUUUACUGCAUUGUAUGAAAAACACUGUGUCAGGUGGUUAUUAAGACAAAGUUGUAUUGAAAAUUUAAAACACUGGUGGUAUAUUGAAUAUGAAUUAUAAGUGUUACUCUGUUACAUUUUGUUGUCGGCCAAAAAAAGUGUGUUUAUUGCGUUAUAUUCAAUAAUGCAUCAUAUGCAUGCUCACAAUGUGAAGUAUUGACUGUGUUGGGUGAAUGAAAGGCUCUGCAGCUGCAGAUCAAUAAUUAUGGAAACUGUCGGCAUUGUCUGUCGAAGAACAUGUUUCGCAUGAAGCGGUAGUGGCUUUCGUGUUGUGGGCUCUGGACUGCCACGGCGACCUAUAAUGUGGAAGAUCAGGAGGGAGGACACUUUUUUUAAUGGUAUUUAGAGAAAGCCCAUAUAGUAAGUAAAUGAAUGAAUAAUAAUAGUCCUGUGAAGGAAUGCAAGUUGAGGGCAAUUGCAUUAAGCAUUACUGAUUUUGUGAGAAGAGCUUUCCAUGCACAUUGAGAAGUUUUAACCGCCUAUCAUGGCAUUUCGUUCAAUGCACCAACGAAAGACCACUUUAUCUCAUACUGUAUUACAAAUACCCGGGAAAAGUGUGCCUGAUGCAAGGUUUAAGUAUCCUUUUUUUAUUAUUACUUUAGCCUUUCUUUUCUUUGACUCAGAUGACUGCAGUCUAUCAAUACGUUAUCUUUAAAAUUAAGGUAAGUAGGUUGAGCAGGUAUUUAUUUACCUAGAAGGCUGUCCUUUUUUUUCUUUAUUGGGAAGAGUUAUUAGCAGCAUUUGGUAUUGCUUCACAGCUAUAUGAAAGCAAUCCAGCUGACUUGUUAUGUGGAUAGCAAAUACAUGUUUAGGAUGUUUAUUUAGGAGAAAUCUUCAUUCUGGAUAUUUUUUUUUACAUACUCUGUAUUUUUCAUAGCUAGGAUUUGUAUAAAGGGAACAAUAUUAUAGAGCGUCGCUUGUUGCAGCUACCUAGGCAUGUGUUCAUGACCAGCGUUAUAUACAUUCCAUAUUUUUAAUUUCCAGCUUCAUUGUAUUUUGCUUGAGCUCCUUGAGCAACGUCUUGAAAUGCCAUGACGUUUUCUGCAUCGUAGUCUUCAUCUGAUUUUUUUUUUUUUUUCAUUAUGUUGGGCAGGAACAUUUUCUCACACUCACAGAAAUAUUCAGGCUAAUGUGAAUGGAGAGGAGAGGGGGGACAUUCCAUUUGCAUGCAGAAAGAAUAGUAGAGGGCAAUUGUAACCUGCAUGCAAAUCUUGUGUAGUUUCCGCCAGUGAAUCUCAUGUCGUGCCUCUCUUCCUGUCUCGAUUGCCGAGCAGUAGAUGGUGAAUGCUGUGGUAACCAUUCAAUGCCAUCCAGUACCAUCCUUGCCACUGUCAGUGGUAUAAGAACAGUGUUCGCUUAUAACACUUGAUGAGCAUUGUUGACAAGAGGCAAAUAUUAAGCACUGCCAUUGCUUUUCUCGGCAAUGAAUAUACUGAAAAGGGGCUGAAUUCUUGUGCAGCUCAACACUAUGUUGCUUAGUGUCAAGCUAGCGAAAUAUAUACUGUCGUUUCAGCCACGUUACUUGCGCUCUUGCACGAAAUUCUUUGAGCAGUAAUUCUGCUUUAGUAGAGUCCUCAUGUUGAGGUAAGCACCCAUUGCAGAGUUGCUAUAAAAGGCACAAUGCUUCAAAAACAUGGCACCAAAUAACUCCCUCACAGUACUGCCACUAUACGGAUACUUACAUGAGAAUCGCUGACAGAAAAGCUCAAAAAAAAAGGUCUGACUCAUACCAGGAAGUUCUAAUUGGAGCUCUUCUUUCUUCAAAUUAGUGUAGUUCUGCUAACCGAUUACUGCAGUCCCUAGUGACAGUGUAAACUGUUCAAGGGACCCUUCAACUUCUUGUUACACAUGCUGUUAUUACACAAUAGGAAAUGUUGGUAGCUUGAAAAUAUACUUUGUUGGCUUGUCCAAGAGGACACGACGAUAGCCAUUGCUUGGACAGUGACUUCAAGAAUGACAACAUCGGUCACCAGGUAUCUUAACUGGGCACAAAAUGUACAAGUCUUGCUCACUUUCUGCCAUUUCAGAUGCUGUGCCGCCAAUGUGUGCUUUCAGUGUAUGUAUAACUUGCCUUCCCUCUUGCCUUCGAAGCAAGAUUGUGCUGUUGCAAGCGAGUUGCUUCAAAGUCAUGUGGAUGUCAGCAUAUUCGGAAUGUUUUGCAUUCACUCACUGCACCACAAACUUGGAUGAAAUUGGUGACAGAAAUUUCAUUCUAGCAGUAAGCAUGAUUGCCUGUAUGUUAAAUGAAGGGUAAAGAAAGUUUGGGCAUGAGUAUGGCAGCCAGUAUGUUGGUGUCAAGCCUAACUUGCACAACUCUCUUCUCUGGGAACAAGUGAAGCCAUCGUAAUCUUGCCACUGUGAGUGCUAUAAGAACAGUGCUCGCUUAUAACACUUGAUGAGCAUUGUUGACAAGAGGCAAUUAUUAAGCACUGCCAUUGCUUUUCUCUGCAAUGCUAGAGCUGGGCAUAGUAAGAACCACUUGUACCUCGCAUCUCUAUGUAUUUUUACUAUGCUGGCAUAGUAAUAUUUCGCACAACUGAUGACAGCGCAGAGUUGUCUAGUGACUUUCUAGAACUAUUGAUGUUAUUUGUGGACACUAUUCUUCUCAGUCACUGUGACCACUGCCUCGGCAUGAAUCAUGCAUAGAGUAACACUAUAUUUACUGUUGAACGAGCACACUGAUAUCUUAUCCUUUUUUAUUUAUGGGGAGACAUACUGCCGUACACGAAUGCACAUCUAUAUUUAUCACUUUGCAUUGCAUGUGAGUCAUUUGGUUCUGUGAGGCAUGAACCAAAUGAGCAAGAACCAAAUGUGAGGCAUUUGGUUCUUGCUGGGAAAUCCGGGCCUACCGCUGUGUUAUGCUUUGUCUGUUUGAUGAAUGUCGCUCAAAAGAAUGAUCAGCUGCUCAGCUUUGUGACAGGUUACAAUGAUGUGAUGCUGGAGUGUAUCUUGCCUUAUGAUGUCAUCAUUGUUUUCUUUUUCACGUGCUUAACUUAUUCUUGUAAAGAAGUUUUUUUUCUCAUUUUCCCAGCAAAGUUGCUGCAGCUGAGCUUUCCUGUUUUCUUGAAUGAAUCUAAGUUUAGAUAGACUCUCCUCAAAAAUGAAGUCCGCUUACCAUACCUUUGUUGUCGGGAUGUCCUUACAUAUGCUAAGUAGCAUUGUUACUGAUUAGGUAACUGUGCUGUUGGUCUUACGAAGAUUGAUCCAUCCUUUGUCUUUUCAACUCUCUUUCUUGAGUCCUCUUUAGCCAUGAACGGUUGGGGUCCGUGGCAUUUCUGUGGCACCUGACAUAUCCUGCUUGUAGCUCUAAAUGUGUCUACAAUUUAUGUUGGCGAGGAAUGCAAUGCCAUUUGUUACAAUUAAACUACUGACCAGUGACUGCCUUGUUUUAGGGGCAAAGCUCCUUAUGGCGUCACCCGUUCGUCCCGUUAUCGUUUGUAACCACCGGUGGGCGAAGCUCCCUAAGCUGUAGUUCUUGAAAUGUCCACCAGAUGGCAGUACUUGUAUAUAAUUAAUACAUAAUGAAAAGAUGCGAGAUAAUGGUACUUUGAGUGUUCACUAGACGGACGGACGUACAGACAGACAGAUGCACGUACGGAUAGGUCGAUCCACGGCUGGACGGAUAGAUGCACGAACCAAUGGCCGGCUGCUUCGCCCCACUCACCAUCAUUCACUCCGUGGAUAUGCUGUAAUUUUUUUCUGAUUACCAUCACUUGGUGCAUCUUCCUGUUGGGUUUAUAGUGGUAACAGUCUGCAGAGUGCACCAUUCUCAUUCAAAGCUAUUGAAAUGCCUUUGAGACAUUGAAUUUUACAUAUUUAAUAUGUGUGUGCAUGCAUGUAUUCUUUUUUCUCACUCGACGCAGCUGUAAAACGCACAAAGCUCCAUUUGAUGCUUCUGGUUCCUCAAGUUUCCGUCAUCACAUACUUCUCCAGUGCAAGCAAAGCAACGUAUUGUGUGAGUUAUAUCUGCAAGCAAGCCUCUCAGUUUUUUGCUCGUUAGAAAUUUUAUGGUUUCCUCUUCGAUCCAGAAAGAACACUUUUUUUAUUGCUUGGUGAACUCGCACGCUCUUCUAAUGUGCUCUACUAAUUGUAUAGUGCACCCUGCCGUGUUCAUCAUUGAGCAAGGAGUGCCUCAGGCUUUCCAAAAGUGCAUGGAUACACAAAGUAUGCAUAUGAUCUUCAUCACUGCAACUGUCCUUUUCUAGAAUCUUGAAUGUAUGUCGCUUCGUACAGAGUUUAACAGAAGAGCCUCUGCACAUGUUCAGUAAUGCCACAAUUUGAACUGUUUCUGCUGAUUGGCUGUUACUGUUGAGGGUUUUUUUUUUCUCAGCUGCACAACUCUCAGUGUGUCCUUCUUCUUGCUAUAGAUGUGACAACUGAGCUGUUCACUCACUAUUGCUGGAGUGUUGGAGUGUGCUGGAACUGUUGUGCAACGUGAUCAUGUCUUGCUGCCUGGUGCAUUUUGCGUCAACAGUAGCGAUGGCGCUGCAGUCGCUACGUACUGAAGGUGUGCUGCACUGUGGGCAAGAACUGCUGGACAUGUUGGUGGCACCCGGCUAACCUAGACCUGCUGCUGAUGCAGCUUUCAUUGCUUGUCUGCCUGUAUCAAGCCUAGGUUUUGUCGUACGUCAUAAGCCGUGAUGAAUGAAACUUCAAUGCUUUUAAUGGAUGCUUGCAGGGGUGGUGCCAGGAUUGUUAUUUUGGUGGUGAGGGGGGCACCCACAAUAAAUGUGUUCCUUCUGAGAAGGCUAGGAGGUGGAGAAUUGAGAUGCUGUGUUUUGGCUGUUUGCUCCAGAGGUGCUCCAGCCCACCUGCUGGUACCGCCCCAUUAUGCUUGCUUUAUAUAUGCUUUUGAGAGAAACCACAAAUAAUUCUAGUGGCCGAAGCGAUUGCUGGAAGGCGCACAAAACAUUAAAUUUUAAACGGGCUGAUUGCAACAGUGAAUAUUCACGACUUCGGUGUAAGUGAGCCAAACUUAUUGCUGGGCUAGGGAUAGGGAGUACAUUCCUCCUCCAAUAAACUAGACCAUGACCGACCGCCUCAAGAGAGAUACAGAAAAAACAGAAGGUGUGUGCCUUAUUCUAAUUUAUUUUGUCUUAAUUCUUUGCGCUGGUUUGAUUUAGUGUCUAGUUUAUUCAUAAUUGAGCUCUUUUAUUGGAAUGGAUCUGCCCUCAUAAAUCUGUGUGCUGUUAUGUUAUCCUGCCGAAAGCAUGAUGAAAAAUAUAGUCAGGAAAACUGGCUAUAUUGAAUUUAGGCAGAAUAAUGAAUGAUUUAGGUAUUGACAUCAGCGCAUUUUAAUAUACUUGCGAUAAGCCCAGAUGCAUGAAGUUCAUGCCUCGAAGGUGAACAUGCACUUUUGGUUCGGCUCCUUGGCUCGGCUUCUUGGUAUAUUAAGGGCUCAGAGGUCGCAUAACCGAUACACUCUAACAGUGGAAGCUCGCCAUUGAAAGUAGAUAGACUUUCGGUCCACAUCAAAGAAACAGCGCAAAACUGGCACCAUAGAAUUGGGUGGUCCCUAAUAUGAAUGCAGUGAUGUAGUUAUUUGUGCUUAGGUUAGCCAUGAAGCAAUCGAGCGCAUUGAGGCUUACUGUGUAAGCAUCAAUGAUCUGAAUAUCCUAAGAACUGCCAGCAAAAGGAUUGUAAGCUUUCUUUGCUGGUUUGCUGCUUUUUCGCUCUUCAUAGUUCGUUCGCAGACAAUUAAGGUGUAGCAUGGAUCAAAGUGUUGUUUGCAAACCGCAUAGCAUUCAGUGAUCAUUCUGUGCGAAAUCUAAUUGCCACCAUUUUUGUUGUUAUGUGUGCAAAUCAGCACAAGUUACUGAAGGAGACAGCCAGAAGAGAGGACACAGGGUGCUGACAGGCUUUUCAAACAAGGAAUGCCUUGGCGCAAUUUUUGCAUGCCUACAUAUAUAUUCACUUGUGCACCAUCGUGCAUAGCAAGCAUUGAGACACUGAUUAAAGCUCAGUAAUACAUUAAAAGCACUCAAAACGUGCAUUUACAUGCUUUUGUAGAUAACGAAGCACGUGUGCCCUAUGCAGACGCUGUCGACAGCUUCAGUACAGAUUACAGCGCCGCUGCUACUUUCACCCGUCGGAGCAUCACCCGAGAUGCGGCACACCCGCUUUUUUCAUUGCAAUGUCUUCUUCUAGUACAGUGUACUAUGACUGUGAGGUGAAAAGUGCUAGCGCUGCUGGUCCUGCUACCUUAUUGCUUCUUUGUCUAAUGUUGCCUAAUCCAAUAAAUGGUUGUGAAACUUAUCAUUUCUUGAAAGACCAUGGCAUGGCACAAGCUUAAAAGUAGAGGACCUAGAUGACACAGAAAAAGUGCAAACUCACAGCUGAGUUCUGUCUCAUCAUUGCUCUUCUCGAUUUUUAAACUGCCGCAACGUCUUUCUAGGAAUGAUGCACCAACUUGCCCAACAUGGCGUACUGAGACUGAUCGACCUAUUAAUGGCUCAUUCAGGCUUAGCUUUUGCCCAGAGUAUGUCUUUCACAGUGCACACAGUUUUGUACAUUCACUUACAACAGUUUUGUACAACAGUUCCCCUUUUAUUUAGAAAAACCAGGCAACCGUGAUAUGCAGCUAUGAAGAAUGAACACGUAUGAAAUGUGUGAUACUGGAAUAGUAGUAUAAUUGUUCUCUGUAUUGGCAAAAUAGAUGUUUCGUUCCAAUAUGGUUUUGUUUGGUUGUGUUCCAACUAUACAAUGCAAAUUGCAACAGACUUCACAUCGUAACAUUGAAACAUAACUUGGCUCAUUCGCUUCUACUGCAAUGAACAUUUGUUGAGUGAGCAGUAUACGCAUUUACACCUCGCAGUGUAUGAAGCAGGCAACCAAAAGCUUAUGGGUGUCAUCAAAAGGCGAUACGAGUGCAACAUUUGGGUAUGAAUAAUGAGCCUAUGUUUUGCUGAAAUAUGUGCUGUCCCUGUUAAUAUAUUGUAACUUGCAUGAAAGUUCAUGCCACAAUUAAAAAGUGAAGCUCAGUGUAUUCCUCUUAUUUGUUUAAUAUACUCCACCUAGAAAUUUCCUCUAGUUUUAGAAAUUAUGUGGGUUGUGUUUCCUCUAUCUGUCAAGGAGCUUUGUCUUAGUGUGAAACCAAGAACAAACAAGUCAUUUUUCUGAAACUGGAAUUGCAUUACGCUAGUCAGGAACUUGUAGACCAUGCUAUAAUGACGAUUUGACUGAUGAUGAUGCUGAUACUUAUAUUACAUUGCUCACUGCACUCACGUCAGUGCCAUGAAAGAGUACUGAACUGUGUGUUCAUCUCAUAGUCUCUUAAAUAGUAGCUUUUAGUAUUUUGUUUUCUUUACCAGCAUUAAGUACUAAUUUUAGCUUCUUUGCUUGCGACGUAGAAGUUAUUAUUGGUUGCAGAACAUUGUUCACCUGUCAGUGCCUGAGCCGACUCUGCAUGCCAAGAUUUUUGACAGAAGCAGUGUGCCGAAAAAAAUUUUGUUUUUGCACUUUUUGCUUCGCUUGAAGUAAAGAAGACAAAUUUCUAGUUCGCUUGGGCCAAAGUUUCAGUAAGCUUACUAUUGUCAUUGCACCUGUGCAGCUGAACUGCCUACAACAUGCUUCUCCCCGCCGCGGUGGUCUAGUGGCUAAGGUACUCGGCUGCUGACCCGCAGGUCGCGGGUUCGAUUCCCGGCUGCGGCGGCUGCAUUUCCGAUGGAGGCGGAAAUGUUGUAGGCCCGUGUGCUCAGAUUUGGGCGCACGUUAAAGAACCCCAGGUGGUCGAAAUUUCCGGAGCCCUCCACUACGGCGUCUCUCAUAAUCAUAUGGUGGUUUUGGGACGUUAAACCCCACAAAUCAAUUACAACAUGCUUCUGCAUUAUACUGGCAAAUGCCUGUCUUUUAUGGCGAUUUCAAGUGUAACUGAUCCAUGUGUGUGUCAGAAAAUUUGCAUUUAUGUGGGAGCAUGUUAGUCCAUGGUUAGCAACAUUUGUAGAACAGAAUGUCUGAGUGUAAAGAUUAACAAUGCAUAAGUUAGAGACAACUUCGGCGCGUUUUCUGCUACACUGCUAGUGUGUGCCAGCAUCGCAAGGCAAAAUUUCUUGCACCCUCGCCCAGUGCAAUGUUAUGAAUGUGACUGUAAUAUCACAUUUGAAAGUUACUUCCUGGCAUAUCGCAUUCUUUUUGAAAGACUUUACAUAUCCUGCUAGAAUGUCAUAGUGUUUAGUUUACGGAAGGAAAUGGUAAAUCGUACCUCACCAUAGUGUACAUGGUGACGUGUGCAUUUGCACUUUCUAUCUGCUCAUCACCACAAGGAGUAGUGGCUACAGGUACACAUGCUUGCACCCAGCACUGAUGUAUCCUGCGGUUGGGAUCAAACAAGCUGUUUGCAUUUCGGCUCUCACCGCUUUGCAAAAUGGAAAUGAAAGGGCAGCAUCUGUGUUUUCAUUUGGCUCGUGCUGUACAGGGACAUUCAUCACUACCCGAUAACAUUUAGUCUUCGGUAUGUUAAAGGAAAUGCCAUACUAGUCAACUAAAGGCAGUAUGAGAGAAAAGUUUUUGCAAAUUAGCAUAAUAAAUGGGAUUUUAGGUCAAUCAGAAUUGUAUGCACAAGAAAAAUGCAGUCUGGAGGCUCUCAUGCCAUUUUUAGUAAGCUGUGAAAUGCUUAUUAUAAAUGUUUUCUUUGACUGUGACCCAUGCUGUGCAUAUGACAUGGCGAGGCUUGUAUUUGCUUCUUUACAGUGGUGUGUUCACUGACAACCCUAAUGGUUGAUCAACUGCCUUGUCUGCUAGCCCGUAUAUUUUGUUGUGAAUGGAACUUGGGCUAGAUAUGUGGUGGUGGUAGUAGUAGUAGUACGCAAAACUACACCUUGUAUGCAGAUGUAUAUCUUCUUGUUGAAGUUGUCAUGUUUCUGUGACUGACAGCAAACAAUUCAAAAUGUACACACCUUUCUGGACCACUUUUAUGCUUUCCAAAUGCUUCGCAUGAUAAUGUGUGAGUCACGUGCUGACGUUCACAUGUUGACCUUCUUCACAUGUUGGUACAAUACUUAUUUUUUUACUAUGCAUUGAGGGAAAGCCUAGUACUAUUCUUGUUGGGCUCAUAUAUUGCUUGUAUACUAAGUGUGCGUUCUUUCCUUGAAAAUCAAGUCACUGUCAGAAAAAUGAUUGUGUACAAAGGAGUAUACUGAGCAAAAAAUAAUAAUGUAGUGUCAUUGAUUUGUUUCAAAUUUAGAAUUUUUGCAGUUUUCAUAUGACAUCUGAAUUUCCUGCCAUCAUGUAGUGAAUUACACUGAACACUAUCUAUUUUUUACAACAUCGAUUUAUUGAAGACAUCCUGUUUUGUAUAUUCGUUGUCAACUUGAAUUGAACAUUCCAAUUCAUAUGAUGAUAGAGCUUGCAUCUGUUUUGGGUGUAUGGCUUUUGAUAUGUUAUUAUGCCUUUGUAUGCUUCAUGAGCGUCUUGUGGUAGGCAAACAUGUGAGGGAGUUUUAGAAAGAAGAUUUAUGAAAGACAGAGGUGUCGUAUUUUUGAUAUAGCUUUCAAGGGGUAUCUGGCCUAUUGUUUAGCUUAAGUAUAGUUUGCAUAACAAUAUCAUAAGUAGAGCUUGCUUCUUUGAAACAUUUAUUAUAUGCGUGCCAUUUUCCAGGGAAUAUGAGGCUAUGCAGAAAGACAGAAGGCGAAUGUUCCUGAAACAUAUCCCGGGGCUCUUGACAAGGUUUCGCACGUCAGUGAAAAGUACAAUGCUUCUGAAGUUGAGGUCGCUAAGUGAGUGUGGCACGUCAACACAUAGAUUACUUUUUUCAUGACAAGGGCACACGGAUUCAGUGCCACUCAUGCCUCCAUAUAUGCAUUUUCUUUCUCACAGCGACUGCAGGUAUACCCAGUGACGAAUACCCUGUGCAAAGUUAUCAAGUACAAAUUGCUCCUUUCUUCUUCAUAUGAAUAUAGUAGAUAUAUACAUACCAUAUAUUAUAUAUAUACAUAUAUAUGAAGAUUAUGCACUCACGUAAAUGCAUAUCUAUAUGGCUGUUGAAAUGAGAUAAGAAUUGAAGUUGUCACUAACUGUUCAUGUGUUUGGUAUAAAUGUGUAUAUGUAUAUAUACAUAAAUAUAAUUAGAAUGUGAUGCUGUAUUCAAGGAAAUGGCAAGGGCUAAAUAAAUAUUGUCUGUAGAUGCCUGUU